CAAGAAUUGUAUUUCCAAAAGUCGUGUCGUACCGAACCCUUAUACCUCACUUUAAAAUUCGCUUGUUCACUUAUAAUUAAACUUUUGAAUAGAAUUACAAAUGUUUAUGUGUGCCUCAAGAAUUUCAUAUUGCAUAAAUUCUUGAACUGACGCAACUCUAAAAAAAUUAAAUUAUACUGAUCAGGCCUUGUUCUCCUUUAAAAGACUUAUCUAAUUUGAUAACAAAAUUACAAAUAUAUAUUGAGCCUAUUAAGAUGAGGAUUAAUUUAGUGUUUAUGUUAGUGAUAACAUUUUCACUCAAUAUUUACGGAAAUGAAAAUACGGAAACAGACUGGGAAUUUCCAAAAGAUUUCAUAAUAGGAGCAGCAACAGCAUCUUAUCAAAUUGAAGGAGCCUGGAACUCAAGUGGAAAAGGAGAAAGUGUCUGGGAUUGGUUUACCCAUAAUAGACCAAAUCUAAUUAAAGAUGGUACUAAUGGUGAUGUUGCUUGUGAUUCAUUUGAUAAAUACAAAGAAGAUGUGUCAAUACUUAAGAACAUUGGUUUUGACUUCUAUCGUUUCUCAAUAAGUUGGACAAGAAUAUUUCCAACUGGCUUUCCUAAUAAGAUCAGUUCAGAAGGAAUUGAAUAUUAUAAAAAUUUAAUUGAUGAAUUGCGCGCAAAAGGAUUGGAGCCAUUUGUUACAAUUUAUCAUUGGGAUCAUCCGGCAGUAUUGGAAAAACUUGGAGGAUGGACCAAUGAAUUAAUGGUCGAUUGGUUUGCAAGUUAUGCCAGAGUUGUUAUUCAAGAACUUGGUCCAAAAGUUAAAUUUUUUGCCACAUUAAAUGAACCAAUGGUUUUUUGUCCUGAAGGUUAUGGAGGACUUACUAAAGCUCCAGGAUUAAAUUUAAAUUUAUACGCUGAAUAUAUUUGCAUGCAUAAUGUAUUAAAAGCGCACGCAAAAGUUUAUCACAUGUAUAAUGAUGAAUUUCGUCAAAUUCAAAAUGGUAAAAUAGGAAUUGUCAAUCCAUGUCAAUAUUACUAUUCAAAAAAUGAAACCGACACUCAAACAAGGGAUAUUGCUUUUGAUUAUUCAUGUGGUUGGGCAUCGCAUCCAAUAUUUUCUAAAGAUGGCGAUUAUCCUCCAAUUAUGAGGCAACGAAUUGAUGAAAAUAGUAAAAUUCAAGGAUGGCCUACAUCUAGAUUGCCAAGAUUUACUCAGGAUGAAAUUAAAUACAUAAGAGGUUCAUCGGACUUUUUUGGAUUGAAUCAUUAUACAUCAUUUGUGGCAAUACCACAAAUAAAAAAAGAAGGAUCAGUAUGGUUUAAUGAUGCAGGUUAUUAUAAGACAUUCAAUCCUAAAUGGCCAGGUGCUGCAAGUUCAUGGCUAAAGGUUGUACCAGAAGGAUUUAGGCAUAUGUUAAACAAAAUAAAAAAAGAAUAUCAAAAUCCAAUUGUAUAUGUUACUGAAAAUGGAUAUUCAGAUAGAGAUGGUCUUAAUGAUUAUGGUCGAAUGAAUUAUUAUUAUUCGUACAUAAAGCAAAUGUUAUUGGCCAUAAAAGAUGGUUGUAAUGUUAAGGGUUAUGCCUUUUGGAGUCUUUUAGAUAAUUUCGAAUGGGAAAAAGGUUACACUGAACGAUUUGGAAUUAUUCAUGUAGACUUCAAAGAUCCAAAACGAAAGAGAUCGUACAAAAAUUCUGCCAAAUGGUUUCAAAAUGUUCUUCGAAUUCGAAAACUUUUACCAAUUAAUGAAACUUAUUGUAAUAAUGUGUAAUUUUAAUUUAAUUUUUUUUUAACGUAAAAACACAACAUUGAAAGAAAAUUUUUAAAAAAUAAAUGAUAAUUUUUUUUAUAAACUAAAAA